GAUUAGGUUAUAUAAACAAACUAUUUGUGUAAAAUUAUUUAUUUGUAAUUCAUAGAAACUAGUUCUCUAAAUACACUAAAAAUUUGAAAUCCAUUUUAAUAAUAAACUAUGACAAAAUUUGCAGCUAUUAUUUUAAUUAUAAUUUCUUCGCUAGGCACUUUAAGCAUUACUGUUAAAAUCAUGGACACAUAUGACGUAAAUCAUGAAGUUAGUGACAGAAUAUUUACUUUAGUAGAUGAUUUAUUUAUUUCUCUGAAAAUCAACCAAACGCUUAUUCAACCCAAAAAUAUUGAAGAAUACAUGAUAAUGCAGAAUUUUGUGCAAGGUGUGCUUCGAAAAAACUAUGAAAAACAUAAAGAAAUGCACAAUAAUAUUAAAACGAAUAUAAGCGAUGAAAUGGCUGAUCAAAUUACUGGCGUUAACGAAGUCAUUGAAGAAACGAUAAGAGAACAUGCUGUUACACAGAACGACAGCAGUCACCUAGAGAAUAAACCCUCUCUUCAGCUCGAGUAUUUCGCAGAUUUAACAAAUCCGACAAAAGAGUAUAAUGUUACAAUGAAAAAACUCACUCCGAAAGAUUAUACGUUAUGGAAUUCCAAUUCUAGUCAGGAAGUGGACAGUCGACGGAUUUUCAAAGGCAGUAGCACGGGCAUAGCACGGUACCCUUUCAUGGUGAGCGUGCACGUUGGGGGGCGCUUCGUCUGCGCCGGCUCGCUGCUGCAUGAGAGCCUGGCACUCAGCGCUGCCUCCUGCCUUAUGCCAACUCGGGACGAUGCCAACCUCGUGGUACAGAUUCGCUUCGGUAGUGAUUUCGUCACUAAAUUGGGCUACCUAGUGAACAUAGACAGAAUUUUCUUCCACCCAGAGUUUGACAGCUCUACCCUAGCUAACAACUUGGUUAUUCUGAAAACUCGGAAAGCGUUGCGAUUCCAAAAGAAAAAAGUGGUGGCUGUCAAGUAUGAUCGAUUUGAUCAACUCAAUUUGAUGAAGAAAGUUAAGGAUAUCACGAUUUUGGGGUGGGGACGAAGGGGUCCGUCAGAAAAAACCGAAGUAGAGGAACGACCCUUAUCUCGAGCCCGCCUAAAUAUCUAUGAUUUAGAAGAAUGCAAAUAUAUUUAUACCAAGGAAUAUGUCUCAGACAAGAAUUUCUGCGCCGGAUUUGUUGAUCGUGGUGAAGGAGCCUGUAAUCAUGACGGCGGCGGGCCUGCGCUGGCGGGCAGCCUGCUAACGGGUGUUAUCAGCUUCGGCUCUCCGAAAUGCGGCCGCGUCGACUCUCCCACAGUUUUCACACGCAUCGGCCUUUACGCAGACUGGAUCGACAGAGUCUUGGAUAGCGUUGCGAUUGCUGACGGUAAACUAGCUAAUCCACAUACAUUUCAAACUCCUAGUUCUAUCGACGUCGGCGUUCCAAGUGCAGAACUUGAUAAGAUGACAUUAGAACUAGAAAAUUCUCAAGAGGUAUUACAAAGAGGAUUCAGUUCGAAAGACAUACUUAAUGGGCCUAUAGAUAAACAAACAAAUGGGGCAAUUAAGCCCUCCAUUAAAGAAAAUGAACAUUUAGAAAUUCCAAAGCAUGAUGCGACUCGUACUAAAAUUACUGAUGUGAAGCACUCGGAAGAAGAUCAGAUCAGGUUUUCUGAUGAUUUUCAAGAACACUUAACUGUACGACCAGAGCGACCGACACUGUUAGAGGAAAAGGGAAAAGUAGAAGAUGCACAUGACGAAAGUGCCGCUUUUACCAACUUUAUUGAGACACUUUUUGUAAACGGUAAAAUUGUCGAAACUGAUGACCCAGGAAUCAUCAAUUCAGAAGAGUAUGAAAAGAUUGAUAUUCUGGAUUUUGAACCAGAUACCACUGCUACGACUGCAGCUCGACCUGAACAUUAUAAUGAAAAAGAGUCAUCGGCACAACGUUCUGACGUCGCUCGUGACUCUCGUGAGGUACAAGUGACGCAAAUGCUGGACUGGGAUUUAGGUACCAAUGAUACAUCAAAGGAAACCACAAGGUCGCUUCAAGCGUUUGAUGUUCAAUAUGAAAUAGAUGUUAAACCUAUUUCUAUUAAGAAAACUGAUAAAACGGGUCAUAAUAAAUCGAUUAUUAUAUUGUCUAAUAGUGGAACUACUCAACGUAUUAGUAUAAAAAAUACAGACAAAUUAAAUAUAAAACUCACAAAAGGAAUUAAAGACUUAAUAGAACAUAUUAAUGACCUUCCAUUAAAAAAUAAUGGUAAAGUCAAGAAAACGAAUUACGUAGAUAUUACGUAGAU